AUGAUUUCCAGAGUAGCCACAGCCCUCCACGUCAUCUUGGCGGUAGCGAUACUUGCAGUCACCGUCAGGGUCCUGCAAGAUGAAGCGAACGAGAAAAAGGGCAUAUUGCAGAUUUUGCUGCAUGAACAAGCUCGACGCUUCGUCCAGGUUCCCGAUGUGGUUGGGUCUAUUGCUACGGCGGUAAAGAGUGCGGCGUCCAGCGUGGUCACCGCCGCAGUCGCGUCAGGAGAGUCUUUGGUGGCCGCGAGUCUGCCGUCAAGCGUGUCCGUGGGAACAAAGUACGCAUGUGUGGAUUCUCGGUGCGCCGCCAUCCCUGGCUCUGCCCUGCGUCUGGUCCAAGACCUUGCCCCGUUCCUCCCUUCGCCCCGGGAAAUCGAAAAGUUGCAAGGACUGGUGGACAAAUGUCCGAACUUGGAGACCGUUCUGUCCGCCGGGCUCGCGUUGGUGUUAGUUUCGGCUAUACUCUUGCUUGCCGGCCUCAAGUUUAGGCUGCUCAGCUUUGUCUCGUUCGGGUUGAACGUCGUUGCUGUCGUGCUCUUCGCGGUAGUGACGGGUUUUGUGGUUUCGCUGCAUACAACGUCUCAAGCUGUCGCAGACUUGCUCGGCGUCGAAUCAAGCAAGGGGGAUGUUUUUGGAGCAUCGAUUGGUGAUUUGGUGGCGAGUUUGGUUAUGUGUGCGUUGGCCCUCGUCCAGAUCUUCCUCUAG